CCUUCGUAUUUUGAUAUAGUGAAGGUUAGAUAAGCAAUGGAGAAUGAAGAGUAAGGAAAGAAAGCAUUUUGGGAGAGAAAACUCUCUUCUUCCCUUUUAUUUUUUCUUAAUAAAACUUGAACAUUCACACAGACUUGUUUUCUCUCUCUACAAACCCACCUUUUUUCUCUACCUAAAAGUUUUCUCUCUCUAUUUCUCUAUCUUUCCCUUUCUCACCUUCAAAAUCUGGACUUUGAGGCUGAGGUUGUUCUAGAUUUGUGAUGGAAAAUGGGGUUGAGGUUGUUGAUGGAUUGCACGAUGGAGAAAAGAAGUUUGUGGGAGAUGGUGUUUCACGAGAUAAGGUAGAUGAAACAGUUGUAGUUGGCUCUCAUGAAUCUAAGGAUACGGAAGGGGAAGAUGUUUUUGAGGAGGCAUUAGAUGGGAAAGAUCAUUUAAUAGAGCAGAGCCCGAAAUAUGGUUCGGUGAAUGGCAAUAUUGCAGAAGAAGAAGAAAUCAAUGGUUUUACGUCUGGAGUGACUUCUAACCAUCCUAACGGUGCUCAUGAUGAAGAGAAGUUUGAAGAGGCAAUAGAGGCAAGUAGGGUAAAUGAAAACCCGUUGGUGGAGGAGCAAGAUGUGAAUUCUGAUAAGGAGACAGAAUGCUUGGAUGGGAAAUUGGUCGACAAUGCAGUUGUGGCUUCUAUUAUUGAUGAGAGAGGAACUGAAGAGGAAGCAGUGACUUCCGAGUUGAACGAGACGAAGGAUGAUGAGUUGGAUUUCAGUAGAAAUGAUUCAAAAAUUAAUACAUUAGAGAACGGUGCUAGCCCAGAGGUUGUAGUACUGAAGGACGGGGAUGAGGAUGAUUUGAAAUAUGGUUCGAAGAGUACGAAGUCUGAAAAUAAUGAUAGUAACGAUUUGAAUGUGACUUUGUCUUCAGAUGAUGAAUUAGUGAAUAAGAGUGCUGAUUUGGUAGGGGGGACUAACCUGGAUUCUACCAGUGAGUUUCUUACUGAAAAUCGAGAUCAUGUGGAACUGAAUGGGAAGAGCUUAGGUACAGAAUUCUCAAACCACGUUGAGAAGACCGAGGAGCCACUAAAUGUACCUGUUGUAGAUUUAGACAAUCUGGAUAUUACAAAUGCUGAGCCAAGGGAUGAUUCUCUUCACGUGGAUCUAGAACUGCCAAACAAUGAGAGUGAAGACAUAAAAGAGGCGACAACUAGUAUUGAGCCUAAGAAGGAUGAUAAUAAAAAUGAAGAAAGCUCUUCAGCCUGCAUGACUACCACAAAUCAGGAUCACAGGACUGAGGAAGUGACUACCACAAAUCAGGAUCACAGGAAUGAGGAAGUGACUACCACAAAUCAGGAUCACAGGAAUGAGGAAGUGACUACUGCAGAUGAGAAUCACCGAAUGGAGGAAGUGAAAAAUGAUUCUAUUGGGAAAGAUUCAGAAAAGCAGUCCAGAGAAUCUCAUGAAUUGAACGGGACUACUUCUGAUGACCAACAUGAACCUGUGGGUGAAAAUGAAAUUUCUCUAGAGACAGUUAAGGAUAUCUCAGCUUCUGAAAAGAUAGCAGAUGAGAAAAUUGAGAAGAUCCAGGACAGGGAAAGUGAUGUGAAGGUGAAGGAAGACAAUACGUCUAGACAUCAGCAUCCUGUUGAUAGUUCCAAUAAUGGCCCCGACAUUUUAGGGGUUGAAAAGACAGGGAGCAAAGAUAAGGUUGGACAGGACAAAACUCAAGUGAACAGGGAUACAGAGACUCAACCUGCAUCAAUCAUUGCUUCAUCAUCUGGAAAAUCUACAAAUCCCACUCCUCCUGCCCGUCCAGCUGGUCUUGGGCGUGCUGCUCCAUUAUUGGAACCUGCCCCUCGGGUGGUGCAGCCGCCUCGAGUUAAUGGUACUGUAUCCCAUGUUCAAAUGCAACAAAUUGAUGAUCCUGUUAAUGGGGAUGCUGAGGAAAAUGAUGAUACUCGUGAGCAACUCCAGAUGAUAAGAGUGAAAUUUUUGCGUCUUGCACAUAGGCUUGGGCAAACUCCACACAAUGUUGUUGUGGCACAAGUUCUAUACCGUCUUGGAUUAGCUGAGCAACUUCGAGGAAGAAAUGGAGGUCGGGUUGGUGCCUUCAGCUUUGACCGUGCCAGUGCCAUGGCAGAGCAGCUGGAGGCAGCUGGGCAAGAGCCACUUGAUUUCUCUUGUACAAUCAUGGUUCUUGGAAAGACAGGUGUGGGUAAAAGUGCUACCAUCAACUCCAUAUUUGAUGAAGUUAAAUUCAGUACUGAUGCUUUUCAAAUGGGCACAAAAAAGGUUCAAGAUGUUGUUGGAACUGUGCAGGGGAUCAGAGUACGGGUAAUUGACACUCCUGGCCUUCUUUCCUCUUGGUCCGACCAGCGCCAAAAUGAGAAAAUCCUUCUCUCUGUUAAGCGUUUUAUAAAAAAGACGCCUCCAGAUAUUGUUCUGUAUCUUGAUAGGUUGGACAUGCAAACCCGGGAUUUCAGUGAUAUGCCACUCUUGCGUACAAUUACUGAAAUAUUUGGACCAUCAAUAUGGUUCAAUGCGAUUGUGGUUCUUACUCAUGCAGCAUCUGCUCCACCUGAUGGUCCAAAUGGUACUGCUUCUAGUUAUGAUAUGUUUGUCACUCAGCGGUCUCAUGUUGUACAGCAAGCUAUACGCCAGGCUGCAGGGGAUAUGCGCCUUAUGAACCCUGUCUCAUUAGUGGAGAAUCACUCUGCUUGCAGAACGAACCGAGCUGGGCAAAGGGUAUUGCCAAAUGGACAGGUUUGGAAACCUCAUUUAUUAUUGCUCUCAUUUGCCUCAAAGAUUUUGGCCGAAGCCAACACUCUUCUGAAGUUGCAAGAUAGUCCUCCUGGGAGGCCAUUUACUCCUAGGUCGAAAUCACCACCUUUACCGUUCCUUCUCUCUUCCCUUCUUCAGUCCAGACCUCAAGUUAAACUGCCGGAGGAACAGUUUGGUGAUGAUGAUGGUCUUGAGGAUGACCUUGAUGAAUCAUCAGAUUCUGAAAAUGAAUCUGAAUAUGAUGAAUUGCCACCUUUUAAACGACUGACAAAAGCACAGGUGGCAAAGCUCUCCAAAGCACAGAAGAAGGCCUACUUUGACGAAUUGGAAUACAGGGAAAAACUUUUUAUGAAGAAGCAACUGAAAGAAGAGAAAAGGAGAAGGAAGAUGAUGAAGAAAAUGGCAGCUGAGGCAAAAGAUCAACGCAGCGAUGGGAGUGAGAAUGUAGAAGAAGAUGCUGGUGGUGCUGCUUCAGUACCGGUUCCCAUGCCUGAUUUGGCAUUACCUGCUUCCUUUGAUUCUGAUAACCCCACUCACCGGUAUCGUUAUCUCGAUUCCUCUAACCAGUGGCUAAUAAGGCCUGUACUCGAAACACAUGGAUGGGAUCAUGAUGUUGGUUAUGAAGGUAUAAAUGCAGAGAAGUUGUUUGUCGUCAAAGACACAAUACCCAUCUCUUUUAGUGGCCAAGUUACAAAGGAUAAGAAGGAUGCAAAUGUUCAAAUAGAGAUGACCAGUUCGAUUAAGCAUGGGGAAACUAAAGCAUCUUCCAUUGGUUUCGAUAUGCAGACCGUUGGGAAGGAUUUGGCCUAUACAUUACGUGGUGAGACAACAUUUAUUAAUUUUAGGAAGAACAAGGCAAUUGCUGGUCUGUCACUUGCCCUAUUAGGCGAUGCCUUGUCUGCCGGAUUCAAAGUUGAAGACAAGUUGAUUGCUAACAAGCGAUUUCGAUUAGUUGUGACGGGGGGAGCAAUGACCGGUAGGGGAGAUGUAGCUUAUGGUGGCAGCCUGGAGGCUCAAUUGAGAGAUAAAGACUAUCCUUUGGGUCGUUCACUUUCAACUCUUGGGCUCUCAGUCAUGGAUUGGCAUGGAGAUCUUGCUAUUGGUUGCAAUGUACAAUCUCAAGUUCCCGUAGGACGAUCGACGAAUCUGAUUGCUCGUGUGAAUCUGAAUAACAGGGGGGCAGGGCAAGUCAGCUUUCGGUUAAACAGCUCAGAACAGCUUCAGAUAGCUAUUGUUGGGCUCCUUCCUCUAUUGAGAAAGCUUCUGGGUUGUUAUCAAUACUGGCAGGAUGGACAAUGAUGGAAUUUAGGUUACAGAUGCAGCUGAAUUUUUGCAAUAUAGUAAUAACGUUGGUAAUUGGCAGUCUCAUACCGGUUAGCUUCAAAUGCAAGUGAUUCUAAGCUCUGCUCCUCUCAUCUUUCCCUCCCCCCACAAGCGUUUUUCUUCUGUAGUGCUUUUAGGUAUGGUUGUUAGAUAUCAUAUUUGGUAUUUUUGUUCUCAUUGAGCUACUGGUUGAGUUGUGUUUCUUGUUAAGUCAAGUCAUCUUUUAUGAAAAAUAUAUCUCUUUCUGGAGUUGAGUUUCAUUUGCAUUACACUGUACACUACUCUAUUCCCUUUAUCCUUUACAAUCCAAUCCCUUUACCAUUA